AUGGCGUCGGAGACGGCACAGUCGACGGCGAGCAAGAAGGUGGACGCGUCGGAGUAUGAGGUGACGCAGAAGAUCAGCCCGUUCCUGGACGCGCACCUCGUGUUCCCGCUCCUCGACUUCCUCGAGGAGAACACGUCCUACGAGGCCGGGAGCGUCCAGCGGGCGCGCCUGGACCUGCUGGCGCCGACGAACAUGGUGGACUACGCCAUCGAGAUCCGGAGCGCGCUCGGCGACGCGAACGCGGCCCUCGUCGAGGGCGCGCCGUCCGUCGAGGCCAUGGAGGCGCGGCGCGACGCGGCCAAGGUCCAGCGCGUCGCCGAGGUAUUAGAGGACGCCGAGGCCGUGGAGCAGAUGAAGCGCGACGGCACCUACACCGCCGCGGACCUCGAAGCCAAACACGGCAUCGGCCCCGCGAACUGGGCCGACUACUUCGAGUUCGCGAAAUUCCUCUACGAGUGCGGCGACUACGAGGGCGCGCGCGACAUGCUCGACCACUACCUGGCCCUCUGCUUCCCCGCGGGCAAGAAGCUCGACGCGUCGGGCUUCCGCGCGCUCUGGGGCAAGUUCGGCUCCGAGGUGCUGCUGAAGAACUGGGAGGGCGCGCUCCACGAUUUGGGCCGGCUCCGGGCGGCGAUCGACGACUUCGGCGCGCCGCCCCUCGAGCAGCUCCAGCAGCGGUCCUGGCUCCUGCACUGGUCCCUCUUCGUCUUCUUCAACCACGCCAAGGGCCACGACGGCAUCAUCGACCUCUUCCUCAACGAGAAGUACCUGCAGGCGAUCCAGACGAACUGCCCGUGGCUCCUGCGGUACCUGACGACGGCCGUCAUCAUCAACAAGCGGCGGCGGUCCACUUUGAAGGACCUCGUGCGCGUCAUCACCAUGGAGCACGACCUCAAGGCCGACCCCGUGACCCAGUUCCUCGAGUGCCUCUACGUCAAGUUCGACUUCGAGGGCGCGCAGCGGACGCUCGCGGAGUGCGACAAGGCGCUCCGCUCCGACUACUUCCUCUGCAACUGCGCCGACGCCUUCAUGGAGGACGCGCGCCUCUUCGUCUUCGAGACCUACUGCCGCAUCCACACGAAGAUCGACAUCGGCAUGCUCUCGGAUAAAUUGGUCAUGGAGCGCGAGAAGGCGGAGCGCUGGGUCGUCGACCUCAUCCGCGGCGCGCUCCUCGACGCGAAGAUCGACUCCCAGGACUCCUGCGUCGUCAUGGGCACGGACACGACGUCCGUCUACUCCCAGGUCAUCGACAAGACCCGGGACCUCUCCAACCGGUCCGCCGCGCUCCUCUCCGCGCUCGAGACCAAGAUCUGCGAGGCGAACUAGGCGCGCGCCGCCCCGACGCCCCCGCCCCCCCCCCCAUCGCUAACACGCCGUCGCA